GAACAUCAGAAAUUUCUUUUACCAGGUUCUCUUCUCCCUCUAUCAGGAAUGGGUGACAAGAAGAAGAAGAAGGCCACUAUGCUCAUCCGACUUGUGUCAUCUGCUAGGACUGGAUAUUUCUAUGUCACCACAAAGCCUGCCGGGAUGACAGAAAAACUCGAGUUGCGAAAAUAUGAUCCUCGGGUAAGACUUCAUGUUCUAUUUACUGAGGCAAAAUUGAAAUUCAAAUGAGUAAUUAAGCUCUUCUCUAUCAUUAUCGUACACCAACUUGGAUCCAUGUUUUUGUUGUUGAUAAUUGGAGCUGAGAUGCUAGCUGCUAGCCUGUAUGUAAGUGACCCAAGUGCUUACAGUAAUAUUUGGUGCUGUUUAAUUUGAUUUAUGAUAAUAAGAGUGUUGUGCCAUUCCUUCUGGAC